UCUACCCCUUCAUAAUUUGCAAUUUGUUUUCAUCGCCGAAAAAAGCAAACAUCCAAAGCGAAUUUAUCUUAUAUUUCCCCAUCUAUUCAUAUUGGUCGACGAAAAAUGGUGUGAAGAGGACACGAAACCCUGAAAACUUUCUACCGCAUUUGCACAAAAACCGUAUGAGUCUUGUCGCUUCUUAUUCAUAUACGUUCUUUGGUUAUAACCAUCUUCUUUUCGUCUGACAUUCGUAUUUGGCAAUUUCACAAUAGUACUUCAGCAGCAAGCCGGAUUUUCAAGCGCGUGUAGUCGGUAUGUAAAGUAGAUCCAAGGCGAAUUCCUAAUUUAGUAGAAUUCAAAGCGAGGCUUUUUAUGUAAAUUUGCCUUGGUUCAGAGCAAAAUGUCAAUUGUUUUUCGAUGGCAAAUUCUUCUGCUACUAUUUCGUUUGUGAUAGAAGUAUGCAAGAUAAAGGGCGCAUUGCAAACUAUGAAAAUUCUGUUCAUAACUUUGAGAAUAUCACGAACUCCAAAGUCUGUGACAAUUUUCCAGCAGGAAAUGCUUGCAGUUCACACCAAAUAAAACAUAGUGUAAAAAAUGUUGUUUGGAAGUCUGAAGAUUUUAUAAAUAUUUGUGUGAUUAGUGGAGAAGGCGAUAUAAAUCGAGUACGAUUGAGCGAUACCGAAAGUGAAUUUGCUGGAUUUGAGUCACUAAAUAAUUCAGGAGAUAACUGCUCCGAAAAACACAGUUUAUUGAAAUAUAGCGUUAAAAGUACCCAAUCAGUUGGGUUGAAUCUUAUAAAAAUGAAGAAUAGAGAAUUCCAAAAACAUCCGAAAAGCAAUACUCUACCUACCUUGAACGCUAAACGUGUUAGAGAAGCAAGGAGCUUGCAUAGAGGGACUCAAUCUGCAGCUGAAAAACGUAGGAAGAUGAUAAAGGGGAAAAAUGAACUAGAUGACCCUAUUAAAACACCAGUGGAAGACAUUGUAGAAAUCAGCUCUAAAUCAACAACUAGUUCGAAAAUUUAUAAGAGACAGAAAAUCAAUUCAAAGCUGCAAUUGCGUUUACUUUUAAAUCGUCAAACCGAUACAUAUAAUAACAAGUGCUCUACUGAAACCACCAGUGAUUUUCCAUUGAGUUCUCCUACAAAUCCAUACACUCAGUCAGUUCUGCAGAAAAAUUCGUCAUCUGGAGAUAUAUUUGAACGAAAUCUUGCUUUGCUGACUGCACAAAAGCCACAAAUGUCAUUAGACGAAAAGAUUAAUGCAUGGAAAUGUGACUUAGAUCUCAGUGAUGUAGAGGACGUGAACAAUUUUGACGAUAUCUUUAAAGGGCAUGAAGAUUGGCAACAAGGAGUUUUUCGUGACAAAAGUAACAAUAAUGAGCAAACUACUGAUGGACAUUAUGAUAUUGAUGUAUUCCGUAGUAAUGUCGUGCGUGGAAAAAAUUUUCAAAGAAAAAACGAAAAAAUUUCAACAACAUCAGCUCAACGACGUGUACGAACCGUUCUAGAAUUUGAAGGUAAAAAACUCCAGCAAAUGAAUUUUUCAAAAAGAAAGGAGGUACCUACACCCACAUUUACAUCAUCUUCAGAAAAUGAUUUGGUAUGUAAUAUGACGUCUAAGCAGCGGUCUAACCUUAUAUCACAACAAAUAGUGGAAAGAAGCUCGUUUCGCGGAAAUACUGAGCAUUCAAGUCAAGUAUUUAGUAGAAACAAUUUACCUGACAUUGUAAAAACUAGUGAUGUAAUACGACCGUACUCUGCAAUUGUUGAAAAUCAGACACCUAAAUCCAAAAAUCUAUUCUCAUGUUUGGGCGUCCCAAUAUUCAAAUAGACAAGG